AUGAACAGCCAGAACCUUGGCCCAGCAGGAUACGAUAGAGACCGCGAAAUGGACGACCGACACCGGGCUUUGCAGCAACGCGAGGAGAUGGCCCGUCGAGAUCAAGAGCGAGAACGAGAACGUGAGCGCGAUCGUGAGCGCGACCGGGACCGAGAGUCCAACGAACGAUACCAAUCAACACCUCACCAUAGCAGCGCUGGUUCUAUCCCCAUCCACCAGCCUGUCGCGUCGCGGAUUUCCGGAGCAAUUCACAGCCCUGGAGGACUGCUCGCGAACCAUAACGGAAACCCUCAGAUUCCCCUCGGCACCCCAUCGGGUGGUCCCUUGGCCGCCUUCGGAGGGCCAUUACAAAACGAACACAAUCGACCGGUGCAGCACGGUGGACCAAACAACGGCAACACCCAACCGCAAAUGUUUGCUCCGAUGCCGCACGCGGCUGGACCGCCAGCUUCGACGCAGGCCGCUGUUAAUAGUGGUAUUGCAGCUGUCUUUGGCGGUCCUCUCCCGCAACAGCCCCAGGAGGGCCAGCGAGGGGCCCAGCAGGGCGCGCCAUUCAACCCAGGAGCUACAUCCGCAGCUCAUCAGCUUCCCGGGGGCAUUACCCAGGGUCAGCAACCUAUUCUUAAUCAGAUCCGUUUGCUUAACAUGGAAGCCUACAACCUUCUCGCGAACCUCCCGGCAGAACCAGGAACCCUCGUCGGCGUUUUCAACCACGGGGGAGAGGGCCUGAUGCUCCUUCAUGGCGACGACGGCUUGUUGGCAUCAUUUCCGUUUGUCAAUGAUGCCCUUACCUACCUCGACCAGGUCAAAGUCCAGUUCCACGAUCAACCGGAUGUUUAUAACCGCUUUCUCGAUAUUAUGAAGGAUUUCAAGAGUCAGGCUAUCGACACUCCAGGUGUUAUUAACAGAGUCUCGGAACUUUUCGCUGGACACCCAAAUCUUAUUCAAGGAUUCAACACUUUCUUACCUCCCGGAUAUCGUAUCGAGUGCGGCGCUGGUAACGACCCGAAUACAAUCCGAGUUACUACACCAAUGGGCACCACAGUCCAGUCCAUCCGCGGAAACCAGGGUGACGGCCAUGGACCUGCAGUUAACCAGCCUCUGUUUCCUGAACGAGGUGGUCAGUGGCAACCGCAACAACAGCAGCAGAGGCCUCAACAUAGCAUCGAGAGCCCAGAAACACAAUUCAGCACUCCAGUGCAGAAUGGCGCGAGUCUCUUUGUUCAGGCUGCAGCCCAUAAUGCCGCCUUUAACGAGAGCAACAAUCAAGGUCAACGACGGGCUUUGCCUCAAGGUAGCGCGGCUCCUGGUGAAGGUCCUAACGCUCGCCAUGCAUUAACACCCACUCCAGGACAAGCUGGAGUGAACGGCAAUGCGGCCAACCAGGCAAACAUGGAACGCCGGGGACCAGUUGAAUUCAACCAUGCGAUCAGCUACGUAAACAAGAUCAAGAACCGCUUCCAGGACAAGCCUGAGAUCUACAAACAAUUUCUUGAGAUCCUCCAAACAUACCAGCGCGAACAAAAGCCUAUUCAGGACGUAUACGCGCAGGUCACUACUCUUUUCAACUCCGCUCCUGACCUGCUUGAAGACUUUAAGCAAUUCCUACCAGAAUCCGCUGGUCAGGCUAAGCAGACUCCUAACCGAAUGGAAGACGGACCCCCAACCGGUCCUAAUCAGACACCUCAACCUGCUAUGAGAGAUGGGCAGAAGAUGCCUCCACUCGGUAGCUUUGCGCCACCUGCCAGUGCUACAAAGGAUAACAAAAAGCGCCCACGAGCAGACAAACAGGCUGCUCAGCCUGCAACUAUCCUUGCGGAGGCGACUGCGGCUGCGCGCAUCGCACCUCCUGCAGUGAACGGUAACAAGAGACCUAAACUCAAUCAUGCGAGACUAGGUGGUGACAACUUUGCAGUCGAACCGACAUUGACCCCUGUCAUGCCGGAGCCUUAUCCCGCCAGGACCUCUUCGACAUCGAAUCAAGAGGAGAUUGCCUUUUUCGAGAGAGUUAAGAAGUACCUCAGUAAUAGGUCUUCCAUGAACGAGUUUCUGAAACUCUGCAAUCUCUUCAGCCAGAACAUCAUCGAUCGUAAUACGUUGUUUCACAAGGGUGCACUAUUUAUUAGUGCAAACCCUGACCUGAUGACCUUCUGGAAGAGCUUUGUAGGUGUCGAAACUCAAGAUGUCAUUAUCGAUAACCGUCCUGCGCCCCCUACAGACAAGGUGUCCCUCAGCAACUGCCGUGGGUACGGGCCUAGUUAUCGAUUACUUCCGAAGCGAGAACGUCUUAAGCCUUGCAGUGGCCGCGACGAGCUGUGCAACUCUGUCCUCAACGACGAGUGGGCCUCACACCCUACUUGGGCAUCUGAGGACAGUGGGUUUGUUGCUCAUAGAAAGAAUCAGUUUGAAGAGGGUCUGCAUCGCAUUGAGGAAGAGCGCCAUGACUAUGAUUUCAAUAUCGAGGCUAAUCUCAAGUGCAUCCAGCUUUUGGAGCCCAUUGCACAGCAGAUGCUCGCAAUGACUGGUCAAGAAAGAGAAACCUUCCAUAUGCCUGCUGCCCUCGCCGGCCAAAGCACAUCCAUCUUCAAGCGUAUAUGCAAAAAGAUAUACGGCGAACGGGGUAUCGAUGUCGUCAACGACAUGUUUACUCACCCUUUCGACGUCGUGCCUGUUUUGUUGGCCCGUAUGAAGCAGAAGGAUGAGGAAUGGCGAUUCUCUCAACGCGAGUGGGAGAAGGUCUGGCACGCUCAGACUGAGAACAUGCACCUCAAGAGUCUGGACCACAUGGGCAUUCUUGUGAAGCAGAACGACAAGAGACAUCUGACUGCAAAGCAUCUUGUCGAUGUUAUCAAGACAAAGCACGAGGAGCAGCGCCGUGAACGAUCAUUGAAGGGCGGAAUCCCUCGUCAUCAGUUCAGCUGGGACUUUAGUGACAAGGAUACCAUCAUUGAUCUUCUACGUCUGAUGAUGCUGUACAGCUUGCACAACGGCCAGCACAGCAGCCAAGAGAAGGAACGCAUCCUUGAGUUCUUUGAGUCUUUUAUUCCCAUGUUCUUCGACAUACCGGAGGAGAGCAUUCAGGAUAAGCUCCCGAAGAUGCAGCCAGACUCUGGCGAGGAAGAGGCUGAAGACCACACACCUGCGGAACUUACCAAUGGUCGAAGUCGACGUAACGGCCGGAAAGGAGAUCUUCUUAGAGGGGUUCUUGAUCCUGGCCGCAACGGCAGCAAACCUCGCGGAAACAAGGAGGACAGUGGUUCUGGAAGCAAGGAAACCACUCCCGAUCUCACCUCUGCGAAUGAAGAGGAGAUGCCUGAUGCCUCCGAAGACGUCGCCAACACUGAGAUUUCUAAUGUCCGCUGGAUGCCUAACGUUCCUAAGCCAGUGGUCGUUGGCGAUAGCGACCCUAUCUUGAGUAUGGACGGCGAACUGAAAGCUGACGGAUUCUUUACUCGGCCCUGGUACAACUUCUUCUGCAACCAGACCUUGUUUGUCUUUUUCAGCAUCUUCCAAACUCUUUAUAGGCGUCUUCAAGAUCUCAAGGAGGCUAAGGAUGUAGUAGCCAAAGAGGUUGACCGUCUCAACAAACAGAAGCCUGCCCGGGACAUUGGUUUCACUGAGAACCACAUGAAGUUCUUCGACACCAACGAAGACCCCGACAACUACUGGCCAAAGACUCUUGAGCUCAUUGAGGAGUACAUCUCAGGCGACGUGGAUGAGAGCCGCUACCAGGAUGUGAUGCGUCACUACUAUCUUAAGACUGGAUGGAAAGUCUACACGAUCCAGGACCUCCUGAAGACUCUCUGCCGUCUCGCUCUCACAUGCAGCAGCACUGAUGCCAAGGAGAAGACCCCUGACCUGAUUGCUCAGUACCAGGCCAGCCGCGAACGAGAGGAGACAAGCUACCAGACUGAAAUCAGUGCGCGUAAGUUCGCAGAGAAGUGUGUGAAGGACGGAGAUGUCUUUGUGAUAUGCUGGCUGCCUGCCAAGUCUGAGGCGACUGUGCGAUGGCUCCAAAGGGAGGAGACAACAUUCUACAUGGACGAAAUGCAACUUCGCGAGCGUUGGCAAUACUACAUCUCGUCCUACAUCCGCGUCGAACCCACUGAGGGAGUUCAAAGAUCAAAACUCCAGAAGGUGGUGCUGUCCCGCAACCUACCAACAACAGACACCGAUAAUGACGAUGAUUCCAUACCCAAGCCUCUGUCGUACAAGGAGGACCUGACAAUCAGCAUCUGCCUGAAGAGUUCCAAGAUGGUCUGGGCUCCUGGUACUUCGGACUACGUUGUUUACGACCAGGCUCCCAAAUCGGCUGAACAGCGUGAGCGUCGUGAGAAGUUCACUCGCGCUCUGAGCGCACACCGAGAGAAUAAGCUUCUCGAGAAGUGGGUGCAUAACCCAGCCUGGACCAAGGAUCUCAGUCCAGAGGAGGUUCAGGAACAAAACAAGAACUUCCGCAAGUGGAUGGACGAUGGCGUCGUUCCGCCCAGCGCUACCGAAGAUGAGCAGCAGCAGGAGCCGGAAAAGGAGCCAGAACAGGAGUGCAGCCCAGAUACUGUGAUCACGCAAGUUGAAACGCCUAUCGUGAAACUCAAUGGUCAAGGACCACGGAAGAGGUCUGCAGACCAGCCAAUCGCUGUUCCGCCAAAGAGGACUCGAUGCAGCCCCCGUCUUGCCAAGUGA